CCCCCACCCCCCAUGUUUCAACCCAUUUCACAUGAUAACAAAUUGAACCGUCUAUAUUUCUUUCUGUUAAUUGAACAUGCAAACACACCAGGCAUCAGAACUAAACUAAGGAUUGCACUUGAUUAUGCGAUUCCAUCGACAAAAUUUAACUGGGUUCGACAUCAGAUCUGGCGAUAUCAAGUGUGAGUGUGUGUUUGUGUGUCGUCCACCCCGAGCACACAUCUGAAGGAAAGAAUCAAUUACUUUGGAACGAUCAAAUAUGGAUCACGACAAGCUAAUCUGUUCAGCAAAAAUAAAUAUUGAAUCAAAGCAACAAGAUUUAUGUAGAGAAAACUAUGAAAUCGGACCCAUACAUCACCAAAACCCAGAAUCUGAAUCUGAUAGAAUCAAGAUGGCUGGAAGGUUUGUUAUUUGUCUACACUUUUGAUAAAAGAUUCCAGGUUCACCGGAACUUAAAGUUUGGAUCUUUGAAGGUUGUGAAGCCACUCUUGCAAAAAAGAACAAGAAAGAAGGUCACUUUAAGAGAGAAGGACUCAACCCCUUCAGAAUUGAUCACCCAUAACAGGGCCCCCUCUCCAUUAACAACUUUGUUGGAUUAAUCGAUUAGAUAAUAAACAAAGUUUUAUUAUGUUAGGAUAACUUUGAUUCUAGAAGGUUGUUUUUUCUAGUUUUAGUAUUAGAGUAGGAUUCUAGUUUUAUUAGUAUAAAUAAGGUUAAUGUUGAGG